AUGGCGGCCCGCGCGCCCCCCGCCGCACCUGCGGCCGAGGAGCCUGGGGGCCCGGACGGACCCCUCCGCAGGAAGAAGUCCCGCUCCGGCCCGUCCGGCCUCCGCCGCGCCUUCAGCUGGCUGCGGGGCAAGAAGCGCAAGAAGAAGGCAGCGGGGGCCGAGGGCGCCGAACCAGCCGCCCCCCGGGCCAAGAAGGCGGACGACAAGGCCAAGAAGACCAAGGGCAAAGGCCGAGGCUCUGCCAAGGCUGAGAGUGACAAACGUCUAAGUGCAGGGCCCGGCCAGGGGCCAGGGUCUGUCGUGGAUGAGCACCAGGACAAUGUCUUCUUCCCCAGUGGGCGACCACCUCACCUGGAGGAGCUGCAUACGCAGGCCCAGGAGGGGCUCCGUUCCCUACAGCACCAAGAAAAACAGAAGCUGAACAAGGCUGGCUGGGACCAUGGAGAUACCCAGAGCAUUCAGUCCUCCCGGACGGGGCCAGAUGAAGACAGCGUCUCCUUCUGCAGCCAGACCACAUCCUACACGGCUGAGAGCUCCACAGCAGAGGACGCACUCUCCAUCCGCUCAGAGAUGAUCCAGCGCAAAGGCUCCACCUUCCGACCCCAUGACUCAUUUCCCAAAUCAUCCGGAAAGGCAGGGCGGCGGCGGCGAGAGCGGCGGAGCACCGUGCUGGGAUUGCCACAGCAUGUGCAGAAGGAACUUGGCCUGCAGAACAAACAUGAGGGACCAGGUACUCCUCGGCCUCCUGGCCCCCGGGAUGCUGUACGCAUCCCCACAGUGGAUGGCCGCUCGGCAGGCCUGGCCUCAGGGACGGGGGUCCGGGUGUCCCUGCAGGCGCUGGAGGUGGAGGCAGACACCAGUGCCGAGGCAGAGGCCAUGCUGCAGCACCACAUUGACCGUGUCUACCGGGAUGAUACCUUCAUUGGCCGGUCCACGGGGGCCCGGGCCCCGCCACUGAACCGGCCCAUGUCCCUGGCAGUGCCUGGGCUGACAGGAGGGGCGGGGCCUCCAGAGCCCCUAAGCCCAGCCAUGUCCAUCUCGCCCCAGGCCACCUACCUAUCGAAGCUGAUCCCACACGCAGUGUUGCCACCCACAGUGGAUGUGGUGGCCCUGGGCCGCUGCAGCCUGCGCACACUGAGCCGCUGCAGCCUGCUCUCGGCCAGCCCAGCCUCCAUCCGCUCGCUGGGCCGCUUCUCCUCAGCCUCGAGUCCACGGCCCCGCAGCCGCCACCCGUCCUCCUCCAGUGACACCUGGAGCCACUCUCAGUCCUCUGAGACCAUUGUGUCUGAUGGCUCCACUCUUUCCUCUAAGGGUGGCUCUGAGGGCCGGCCAGAGGGCUCUGUGGCUAGUACUAGUGUGACAGCCCCUCCCCAGGGGGGCAGUGGGAGGGGUUCUCCCAGUGGGGGCAGCACUGCUGAGGCCUCAGACACAGGCAGCAUUCGGAGCAGUGGGCAGUUGUCUGGCCGGAGCGUGUCCCUGCGUAAGCUGAAGCGGCCCCCUCUACCCCCCCGCCGGACCUACUCACUCCAUCAGCGGGGCUCAGCAGCCCCUGAUGGGCCCUUGGGGUUGCCGCCCAAGCCUGAGAGGAAGCAGCAGCCACAGCUGCCUCGGCCUCCCACCACUGGUGGCUCAGAAGGGGUGGGGGCGGCACCCUGUCCACCCAGCUCAGCAGGCAGCUGGGUGCCUGGCUUAUCUCCGGGUGGCUCCCGGCGUCCCCCACGCUCCCCAGAACGGACACUGUCACCCUCCAGUGGCUAUUCAAGCCAAAGUGGUACCCCUACCCUUCCUCCCAAGGGUCUGACAGGUGCCCCCGCUUCCCCAGGCAAGGCCCAGCCCCCUAAGCCAGAGCGGGUCACUUCCCUGCGAUCUCCUGGGGUCUCCGUCUCCUCCUCCCUCACUUCUUUGUGUUCCUCCUCCUCCGACCCAGUCCCCUCAGACCGAUCUAGUUCACAGAUGGUGACCACCCUGGGUGACAGGUUCGUCAUACCUCCUCACCCCAAGGUGACUGCCCCCUUCUCCCCACCCCCCUCUAAGCCCAAGAGCCCUAACCAGGCUGCUUCCAUUCUGGCUCCUGGGCCUGUCUCUACCACUGAUGCCAGUCCUGAGUCCCCUCCCAUUCCCCAGACAUCUCUGACCACACCACAGGAGUCUUCUGUGGCCUCCAAAGACCAGUCACCCCCACCAUCCCCACCCCCAUCUUAUCAUCCACCCCCACCACCCACUAAGAAGCCAGAGGUAGUUGGGGAGGCUCUCUCUGCCCCUGAGACUACUGAGGAGCCCCUCCAAGACCCCAGCUGGCCCCCACCCCCGCCACCUGCACCUGAGGAGCAGGACCUGUCCAUGGCUGACUUUCCCCCACCUGAGGAGGCUUUUUUCUCUCUGGCUGGCACUGAGCCUGCAGGCCCUUCAGAACCCUCAGAGCCUGCCAGCUCCCUGGCCGCUUUGCCCCCCUCAGCCACUAUCUCUUCCCAGAGCCAGACUCACGGUACCCCAGAGCCUCCAGCUCCCCCAGCCCCACCUCCUGCUAGCUCUGCCCCAGGGCUUCUGGCCAAGCUUCCUCAGAAGGAACCGGUGGGCUGCAGCAAGAGCAGUGGGGCUUCCAGGGAGGACUCUGGUGCACCCCUGGUCACGCCCUCGCUCCUGCAGAUGGUGCGGCUGCGCUCUGUGGGUGUACCCAUAGGGGUUCCAACUCCAGCGUUGGGGCCAUCGGCCCCCCAGAAGCCACUACGAAGGGCCCUGUCUGGGCGGGCCAGCCCGGGGUCUGCUCCCUCAGGGCUCCAUGCUGCUGUCCGGCUCAAGGCCUCUAGUCUGGCUGCCAGUGAGGGCCUCGUAGGUACCCAGCCCAGUGGACCACCUGAAGCUGAGCCACGGCCUCCCCAGUCCCCUGCCUCUACAGCCAGCUUCAUCUUCUCCAAGGGCACUAAGAAGCUGCAGCUGGAGAGGCCUGUGUCACCUGAGACCCAGGCUGACCUCCAGCGGAAUCUGGUAGCCGAACUUCGGAGCAUCUCGGAGCAGCGGCCGUCCCAGACCUCAAAGAAGCCACCUAAGGCUCCCCCUCCUGUGGCCCGCAAGCCCUCUGUGGGAGUUGCCCCACCCGCCUCCCCUAGCUUUCCUAGGGCCGAGCCCCUUAGUGCUCCUCCCACCAAUGGGUUCCUUCAUGCUGAGAACAGGACUAAAGGGGAGCUGGCAGAGAAUGGAGGCCUUGUGCAGCUGGUGGGCCCAGAGGAACGGAAGCAGGGCCUCCCUGGCUCAGGUACAGUGGGCAGUGGUGGGGUGUGGGUCCCCUUACUGCAGAUGGGAAAUAAGUAUCUGAAGGCCCACCAUUUAGGGAUUUGCUUCUUGGAUCUUUAAGACUUGUCUGGUGUUAGGAUGCCUGGGAAGGGUGAACUAUCACGCUUGAUGAGCUACAGUGAAGGAGCAUGAUAUGUGGGCACUUUGGGGAGUCAGACCUACUUAGUUUGAAUUCCAGCGUUGCCACUUUAUUGGCCUGUCCUAGCUUUGUGUUCCUCAUUGCAAAGUGUGGGGCCAUGAUACCUACAUCACAAUGCUUUUGGUCAGAGUGAAGUGUCAAGUGUCUAGCCCAGUGCUGCUGGCAUGGUUGUCGUGCUCAGUUAAAUUGAGGGGGUAGGAAAAGGGGGGUGAAGAUCUGCAAUGAGCCAGAGCCAAGUUGGGAGGCCCCCUCAGUGUGCUUUAUUUUUCCCCACAGACCCACAGAAGGAGCUGGUUUGACACCUCACUGGCACUGCUGACCCAUCCCAGGAACACAAUCUCUCAGGGACCUGAGCAGCUCCAAGGAUGAGAGGAAUCGGCAGACGCAACCUAACAGAGAGGAAGCCUGCAGCCUUAACCUCCAUGGCCUUUGAUAUUUAUGCAAGCCUGAUGUUGAUCCCUGUCCUCCAAGUCACCCACUUCUCAUGCCUGUUCCCAAAUGGAUUCACCUCUGGCAGUUGCCACUUCAGUCUUGGCCUUAUCCUCAUCUGGAAAGAGGUAGCUGGUAGGAGUAGGUGGCUGCGCCCCCUGCUGGCCCCAAGGCCACAGAAUUCGGACUAAAACACCUUGCUUGAGGUUUUUUUUUUUUCCAUUUUUUCCUGUCUGAAUGAGCUCAGAGUCAUGCACAUACUGUAGUUCAGAAUCAGAGCACUUUUGAGAAGUGGCUGCAUGUCCAUCCUCCAGACCCCAUGAAGCCCCAUUCCAGAGCCCUGUUUACAUGGCAGCAGCAUCCAUCCUUGUGGUCAGUCCAUAGUUGUGACUAAUCUCUCCCCUCCCCCUCAUCCAGUUGGCUCCUUUCCUUAGUUCUUGGAGGUGGGCUAGUCACUGUAUUCCCCCAAGCUUCCCCAGGCUGAGGGCAGGGGCAGGGGCGGGCUGUGGAAUUCCAAAGCACAAAAGGUGCAGGAGAGGUUAACCUUCCUGUGCCUCAACUCAUCACCAACCACCCUCCUGACUUCAGAUCUGCCAGGUGCUCCAUGCAGGGGACAAGGGGCCUGCCAGGGUCCACAGGGGUAGAGGGAGGAAAGACCAGAGGGGAGGUAUACACAGGCUCUGUCUAUCUUCAGAGAACAGAGUAGGGCAUCAUCUCAGUGGGUGCUUGGCAAUGCUGAGUAUCUGCACCUUGUUCCACUUGAACAGGCUGGCUGAUGAUGGGUGGGCACAAGACUCAGAAGCAGGAGCCCACGGGCUGUGGCAGGGCUGUGCCCCUUUCAGCUCAGCAAGAAGUACUGAGGCAACAGAUGGGAGGGUGGGUCUGGGGGGCGGGCAGAGAACUUAUUUGGGUUGUGGGCCUAGACCUGGCCCUCUGGGCUUCAUUCUCUGACCUUUCUCUUUACUCUUGGUUCAUGUCCUUUCUGCAGCUGCCUUUCAGCACAGCUGGUUCCAUGGUGGGGAGCUGACUCUGAGUGACAAGGAUGGGAAGCCAAAGGGCAUUUUAUUGCAGAUUCUUCCCUAAUCAGUGGAGAGGGCACCCAGUGCUCCUAGGGAGCAGCUGAGUGGUCACCCCCUAGACAUCAGCCUCUGCUACUGCUUUCUCUUCCAGUAGUUUUAGUGACCUUCCUAUUUUCAGCCUGUACCACCUCUAGGUAAGCUGGCUUCCCCAUUCCCUCAUGGCUCCAGCAGUGGCCCUAGUGCCUUGCUCCUAACAGCCUGGCUACCACCUAGGGUCUCCCUUCUUUUGGAGCCCCUUUCCUCAACAAUGACUCAGGCUUGAGCUGGCAAGGAACCUAGCUUAUAACUUCCUGUCCUCUGCCAAGGAGAGAGAUGGACCCCCUUCCCCUCCAGAAUAAAAGCUGGGAACACGGGGGACAUCAUGUCAGAGCCCAGUUUCUUCUGGCCCUCUCUCAGGCAUCUUCAGUUUUGUCACUACAGGCAGUCCCCGGGUUACGAACGAGACCAUUCCUAAGUGAGUCUUUAAGUUGAAUUUAUAGGUAAGUCGGAACAGCUGCAUAUGGUUCUUACUUAGCCUUCCUUUAGUGCAAGAAAAGGCUCAAAGCCUUUUCAAGAACUUAAAAGCUGCACCUGCAGCAAGUGAAGGUGAUUGUGAUGAAUUGGUUGUGAAUAGGGGUUGAGGGCAAACUAACAUAACAUUAAAGGGCAAGUAUGAGCUGUAUCCGGAGUUGUCCUUAAGUCGACGUUCAUAACCCGAGGACUUACUGUACCUGGGGACUUAGAGUGUACUGUCUUCUCCCUGUAGCUACAAACUGAUGUUCUGCCCUUGCCCUCUGGGCAGUGGAGUGCUGGGCGGGGAUAUGUUAACCUGCCCAGUAAGCUGGGGAACGAGGAUAGUCACUAAGCACUGCUGUGCUCAGAGCUUCUGAUCUGCUUGCAGCCCCCCAGGAAGCAGGACUGGGUCAAAGCCCCUGUGGAACCAGGCCCUGGCAGCAGCCUUGGAGCUGCUGGAGGUGGGAGGGACUCCUCCCAAUGUUACUUGAGCUCCUUAUCCUCAGUUAGGAUCUUCUGAGCUUAUUUCCCCGCUGGGUGGGACAGAAGACAAAGAAGGGAGGAUCUGGAAGAGACAACCCUUCAUCGUCCCCUGGGGUAAAUGAGCUUGACCUAGCGCAAUGGAGAGACCAAAAGCCUCUGAUUUUUAAUUUCUAUAAAAAUGUUAGAGAGAGAAAUAUAUAUAUAUUUCUUUAAAUUUUUGAGUCUUUGAUAUGUCUAUACACAGUCCAUUCCCUCUGCCCUGAAACCUGAAUGAAACACAAUGAAAAAGCUCUGUAUGUGUUUCAUUUAAAGGUGUUAAUUAAAUAAUUAAAACUUGGCUGUGGCUACUGCUUCUUCAUGAAGGAGGGACAGGGCUGUGAUCUGGGCCCACAUUUAGCAGGGAGAAUGUUCUGCUUGGGGACCCCAAGGAGGGUCUCUCUGGUUUGUACUGCCACAGGGGAAAGUCAAGGUGUCUGUCAUUCAUCCUGUGCCCUCUACCCCCAACUUCAGGGUCAAAAGUCCUGAGAUACAAGCAGCCCUAGGCUGGUAAGGGUCUCAGCAGCUGCUUCACAUUGUGUCCCUCUCUCCUGACAUGGUCCAGCUCCCAAACAGGCCCCGGCGAGGCACCCUUGU